AUGUCAAAACGCAGCGCUUCGCCACCGGGUGGUGCCCUCAUCAAACGCGCGCGCUCUGGCUCUCCUGCGCCAAAUACACAGAUUGCUAUAUCCUCAUCCAACGACGAGAGGCAGCAGGCCCUCAUCCGAACGGUUAAGCGAACGAGUAGUUUGGAGGCACCGAUCAUUAGCCUGUCUGGGUCUCAUUCGGCCGAAAUUCUGAGCUGCAGGUUUGACCCUACCGGACAAAAUAUCGCUGCCUGCUCAGCGGACCGCAGUGUCUCCCUAUGGCGCACAUACUCUCCUAACACAAACUAUGGCCUAAUAUCCAACCUCCACAAAGCCCCCGUCCUCGACCUCCAGUGGUCUCUGGCAUCCCAAGUCCUCUACACCGUUUCCGCCGACCACACUCUGAACGUCACAGACCUCACGACUGGCCAGCGUGUGCGUAAACUCCACGCUCACCGAGGUAUCAUUAAUUCCCUCGACAGAACUCUCGCAGGAGGAGCUGGCGUCGAGCUCGUCGCCACCGGCGGUGACGACGGAACCAUACGCAUCUGGGAGGGAGGCGACGAGGGCCCGAAGCAGCCCGUGAGCGUGUACGAGCUCGGGUGCCCGAUCACGUCCGUCGCAUGGAGUGCGGACGGGGCGAGCAUAUAUGCGGGCGCGCUGGACAACGAAAUCCACGUCAUCGAUUUUCGCAAAAACGAGGAGGUAUAUACCCUCGUGGGUCAUACCGACACGCCCACAUCCCUUUCCCUAUCACCCAACGGCCAGUACCUCCUCUCCCCCUCCUUCUCUUCUCAGACCAUCAUUCACGACGUCCGACCGUUCUCACCAUCGCCGAAUCGCAUACAUCGGGUUCUCAUGGGCGCACCCGCCGGUUUCGAGAACACUCUUCUGCGGGGUGCAUGGAGCAAGGACGACGGCGGAAGAAGAGUUGGAGUGGGAGGUGCUGACCGUACCGUAUGUAUAUGGGAUGUAGAGAGUGGAAAAGUGCUCUAUAAGCUACCUGGCCACAAGGGAACCGUCACAGCUGUGGAUUUCCACCCGAAGGAGCCCAUCAUCUUGACAGGGAGCAAAGACGCUACUAUGCUUCUUGGAGAGAUCGAGCCCACCCUUGGAGCGUAA